AUGAUCGAAGGCCCGGACCAGGAGAUGCUCCAGGUGCCUCAGGGCCAUGAGGCCAUGCACGUGAAGAUGAUCUUGAUCUUCUCUGCCCUGAUCACUGUCCAGGUGAUGCUGGUACGGAGACAGAGGCACGGCUGUUCCUACAACCUGGUGACCUUGCUGCAGAUGUGGGUUGACCCUUUGUACUUGACAACAAAGCUCUACUGGUGGUGGUUUCUGUCUAUGUGGGGAACGUUCUCCGUUGUUACAAGUUACAUCCUCUUCAGAGUACCGCACUCAGGGCAAACACCAAGACUGGUGGUCUACACACGAUUUCUUCUAAUCUAGAAGAUCAGUUAUAUGCUUGAUGUAGUGAGUUAUUUGGUCAUCACGUUUACAAUGUGUGGAAUCAAUGUAAUAUCAAGUAAACUCAAAUCUAGAGACUCCAUGGAUUUGGGGGUUGGAUACUUGCUCUAUGGCUUUUACUAUGGAAUGGACUUUGUUGAGAUCUGCUCAGACCACAUGACAUCUACUCUAGGGUUCUACAGUGUCAGUGGGGUCCCCACUAGGAGCCUGUCAGGCGACAUCUGUGAGAUUUGCAGGCAGAAGAUCCUUGUGGCACUUGAUGAAGAAGGGCUCAUUGAAAACACUUACCAGUUGUCAUGUAGCCACAAUUAUAUCCCUUACCCAUUUAUCACUGUUUGA